UGAGGACCGGAAGUGACGCAGGAAGGGCGCGACGGGGCCCCCUCCGCCUCCCGGAAGUGCCCUUCUUCUCCCCGCUUCCCCAGGGCAGGAGAAGGAGCGAAGAUGCCAGUGGCUGUGAUGGCUGUAGGUGCUGCGAGCAGCGCCUUCGGAUACCGGAAGCUGCUGGAGCAGUGCGAGACCCAGGAGCUGGAGGCCCCUGGCGGAAUAGCAACUCCACCUGUUUACGCUCAACUCCUUGCUUUGUACCUUUUGCAUAAUGACAUGAAUAAUGCACGAUAUUUGUGGAAAAGAAUCCCUCCUGCUAUUAAGUCUGCAAAUCCUGAACUUGGUGCAAUUUGGGCAGUAGGGCAAAGAAUCUGGCAGAGAGAUUUUCCUGGAAUUUAUACAACAAUUGGUGCACAUCAGUGGUCAGAGUCUAUUCAGCCAAUCAUGGAAGCACUUAGAGAUGCAACCAGGCGACGAGCAUUCGGGCUGGUGUCCCAAGCAUAUACCUCAAUAAGUGCAGAUGACUUUGCUGCCUUCGUUGGGCUUCCUGUAGAGGAAGCAGUGAAAGGAGUACUUGAUCAGGGCUGGCAAGCAGAUUCAUCAACUCGCAUGGUUAUGCCUAAGAAGCCAGGUCCCCAAGAGCCUGCCUUUAAUAGAUUUCACCCAUUAUCAGAACCUGCUCCAGUCCCACCAAUUCCUAAUGAACAGCAGUUGGCCCGAUUAACUGACUACGUGGCUUUCCUUGAAAACUGAGAUCUCGACUCACUCAUUCAUCAGACCUGUGUUCUUCUAGACCCUUUUGACAUUAUGUUUAUCCUGUUGCAAUGUUGCAAU